AUGGCAACGAUCUACGACCUCCCCGCCGAGGUUAUCCUUCUAAUCAUCGAAACGCCGUCCUUCCCCCUCAACACACUCAACGCGCUCCUCCGCACUAACCGCAAUUUCCAUGGUCUCCUCACUCCCUUCCUAUACAAGCGCGCCUCGAAGCUCGCUUCAAGCCCACUCCACUGGUCCGCCGCCCGUGGCUUCAGGAACAACAUUACGCCUCUUGUUGCGGCCGGAUGUGACAUCGAAGUAAAAGACUGGACCAAUAGGACGCCACUCAUGGCCGCCGCCUUGGGAAACCACCUGGACACCGUCCGCGCGCUCCUAGACAAUGGUGCAAACAUCAAUGAGCACUCCGGCCGUUUCAAUGACGAUGGUACGGCUCUGCAUCUUGUGGCCCGCGAUGGCAGUGUUGAGAUGGUAACGCUGCUAUUGGACUACGGUGCGAACGUGAAUGUGCGGGAGGCACGUGGGGCGACACCGCUGCAUUGGGCGGUGGAUACGGGGGGUCAGGGAUGGGAGAAUACGGAUGAUCUGCCUUUGGGGUUUGGUGUAGGGAGUAAAACAGAUGGAGAGACGGCACUGAGGAUGGCCGUAACUAGGGGAAACAUGCGCAUGUUUGAGAUGCUGUUGAGGAGGGGAGCCGGCAUCGAGACUCCCGCACGGCUGGGGGAGACGGCGUUGAUGUCGGCUGUGGCCUGCGAAAGGAUGGGUAUGGUGAGUGCUCUACUGGAAAGAGGGGCAAUGAUUGGGUGUAGGAAUGAUUAUGGCGAGACAGCACUGCAUUACGCAGCGGUGCAAACGGACUCUAAAGAGAUGCUGGAAGUACUUCUGGAUGGGUACGAGAGGAGUUCAGAGGUUAAGGAGCCCGGGUAUAUUGAUACACAGAACGACGAGGGGAAUACCGCCCUUCACCUAGCUACGCGUGACGAGGCCAGGAAGAUGCGCAUCGAGGCGGGGAAGGCCCUUCAGCAACUCCAGGCAGAGGAACCCACCAGCGAUGGCGAGGCGAGGAUGUGCCCCGCCUAUGUCAUACAGCAAAGAGCAGAGGCAAAUCUCACCGCGUCCGUCCGGCUCCUCCUCGAGAGGGGUGCCAACCCAAACUGCCCCAACGAGAUUGGGCGGCGACCUCUUCACAAUGCGGCCGCGAACGGAUACGUCCAGAUGGCGCAAGUUUUGCUAGAUCAUGGCGCCGAGAUUGAUGCCACCGACGUGGACGGCGUCACGCCGCUAGUUCGGGCAGGAAGGGUGAGUUGGACGGUAAGGAGGAAACCUGAGCAGCUGGAAGGUAGGAUUGGUGUUGUCAGACUGCUGCGUAAGCGAAAGGCGAUCUGUGAUGGCAUCCAGGAGUGGACGAAAGGCAAUCAGGCAUUGUCGGAUGCACUGGGCGAGUAUGAUGAUGAUUAUGACAUAAGCAGCAGCAGCAGCAGCAGUAGGAACAGGAGAACAGUCAAAGCAAGCCGCGAGAAUCCUAAGCAUGCAAGAGCCGUAUUUCUGGGUAGGGUAUGGCAUAGUCUUGUCAGACCGGCCCGUCUGCACAUCGGCAUGGUAUCAAUCGAGGGAUAUACAUGUAAAUCUAUAUAG